AACCAGGCCUCAGCUGGAUUGGGGCGAGUCUUACAACAUGGCUGCGGAUGCGACAGCAGACACACUGGCCAGCUAGUAAAUUAAAAAGGAUUUCGGGGGUGGUGUGACAGGGGCCUGGGAAUGCGCGAUAGGCUCUCGACAGGCAAUCGUCGUUGGGACUCGGAGUUUCCCUCCCCCCAAGAGCGGCACCCUAGACGGUGCCACUCAGGGUGGCUCGUAACGUUGCUAGGUUAUGGCUGGAUGAGUCCAGAGAGAAGGGCUGGCAUGUGCCUGGCACUGCGAUCGGGGCGGACGGAGGAAGCAAGUCGUUGUCGUGCAAGACACGGCGGGACCGGGGAUCGGGUCUCUGCGAGGGCUACCGGCUCGGACGAGGGAUCGAUCGGAGCGGGGGUGGGCAACCUCGUGGAGGAUUUCACGAGGAUUCGAGAGAUGCUGGAUCUGGUUGGAUUAAAUACCCCAGAGUUGGAGAUGAAGACGGAGAUUAGGAGAUACGCCGAACACGACGCUGCGCAAGGGCCUUGAACCUGGGGAGAGACUGACGGGGAUUUGAAGCCAGAGAAGAGGGAGCGGGAGGUCAUUCCGGGGUUCGUUCACGUUGACGCGUGGGGCCGGCCGCCAUCUGCCAGGCCUCAGAGGCUCAGCCUUCACUCCCAGCGCUGCUAACGGGCGCAAGAAUCCCACUAGUCGUCAUAGCCCAAAGUCAAUCCCACGCCGGGCACACG